CACAAUCAAAAGCAUUUUAUAUUCAUUUUAUAUCUGAGUUUAAACCGCUUCCUUCUUUAUUCUAGCCCCAAAAGUAUCUUUUAUGACAUCAAUUUCCGAACUUAGACUUUUUCAUCAUUGCUUAAAUUAUCAUUUUUCUUGGUUAUUUUUAUAUUGACUUCAAACAUACCACAAAAAGUCUCUUUUUAACACUGACAUAUUGGCUCGCUAAAAAAGUUCUUUUUAACCAUAGAGCAGAUCUAGAGAUAUUUUUCGAGGCGUUUUUUUUUCAGAAGAGAAAUUUGAAGAAAUUAACAGAUAAUUCGGAACAGGAAAAGGAAAUCAAAGUCACCACAACCAGGCCAAAAUUGGAAGUUAAUAUAAAACAAUAUUGGAUCAGACACAUAUUUGGUUUAGUCUUUCCGUUUUUCUUACUAAUCCCCCGAUUUCAUUUGAUUCACCCAACAUUACUGCCUUACUUUUUGUUCAUUUUCAUUCAACCAUUUCAAGUAGUAACAAUUAAACCCAAUAAUCGGGAUAAUGCAACCUUAAGACAUUGUUAUUGGCACUUGUUAGCGAUCAAAAUUGGGCUGAAAAUUCAAAAUAACAGCUUAUAGGUGGCGAGAUGGCGGGAAUAUUUGCCACGUUAUUGAAUCAGUGAUGGGACCUCAAGCAAAUUAUACCGACAUAAGCUGGAAAGGAAAUAAACGCGCUGGCGAUCUAAAUUGUCUUCAAAAGUAAAUACAAAUCGACAUUUGUGGCGCGUGGCGAAAAAAGGAAAAAACCUGGAAAUGAGCAAUUAAAGAAUAACGAAAAAAUUUCAUGAGCCUGAUACUUUGUGCUUUUAGAAAUUAAUCAGUCAAACAUUUUGUUAUUCAUUCAUAUCAGUUUUUUAUUUGAAAAUUGACAGUAAGACAUUUUUUGUUUACUUCACCAGAAAUAUCUGGAGAAGAAAUUAUUUUGAAGCCAGUAGAGUUCAAGUUCAGUGCAUCCAGUUUACAUUUAUGACAUCUGGACGUUAUGGACGGCUCUGAAAUCAAAGCCAGUCUCAAGGUUGAAUUAAAAAGGGAAAAUGUGCUAUUCCAAGUUCCCAUAUUAUUUCCUUGGAAUUACUUUUUAUGAUUUUAUGGAUCGAAAUUUGAACGCUGAUUAUCAUUAAAAAAAGACUACCAAGAAAAAACUUCAAUUGCUAAACAGCCGGAGAAAAGAGAAAAUCGAGAAAAUUUGAGUGUUUCCAAGAAACUUUUAAUCUAGAAAGCUUGAAGAUGCGCAAUCAAAUUGGCGAAUUAUAAGACCCUCAUCGAAUACGGGAAAAGACACUGAAAAAGGCGAAUAAGAAAUAGUAUCAAAAACUGAGAAAGAGAAUUGAUAUCCAGAAGAUCAAAAUGCUGAACACAACCACAGCCGCCAAAAUUUCCCUGGCGUGUUCAACGAUGUCCGCAAUGCUCAUUGGAUUUCUGGGAAACUCCAUCAUCAUAUUCCUGUUCGUUUUCAACAAAGGUCUGCGCAAUGGGACCAACAUGCAGCUGGUGAAUGUGGCGGCGUGUUACAUGACCACAGCUGUGCUCCACAUGCCCGCCUGUCUCAUCUCCAUCUCCUCCGGACCCCAUCCCCCCUUCAGCCCCCUCUUCUGCAAACUACUUCAGUUCACAAACGACCUCAUAUACAUACAGAUAUGUUUCGCGACGUGCGCCCUCGCCUUCUACCAGUGUUUCUCAAUCAAACCUUUCUUGACUCUCAAAAGAUCGAACAGCGGAUCUCAAACUGCAGUCGUAAACAACAACAGGUUGAAAUACUUGUUAUGUCUGAUCACGUGGGUCCUGUCUACAGGCGCCAGUGUGACGUCACAGCUAUUCAACGCAGAUUGUUCCGACGUGUUUGCAAGAUAUUCGAACUUUAUCAUUUCGUGGUCUGUCUUCAUCGGCAUGUUCGUGCUAUGCUCCUUUAUCACUCUGGGGUUUCUGGUCAUGACUUAUUCACGCAUCAGCAGAGCCAGAAGUUUGCUGCCACAGAGAAUGAAAAUGGUCGACACUGUGAAGGCGACUUGUACUUUGGACCGGUUCUCCAAAUCAGUGACGACCUCCCUAAUCAUCUUCGUCCAGUCCUUCUUCUGUUCCACCCCUCUGGCCGUGUACAGAGUAUUCGCUGGCAGACACAUUAUAGAGAACAGAUACUUCUACUCUCUCUGUCUUGUACAGCUGUUCUUCAUGCAGGUCAAAGCACCCACGUUUCUCAUCAUACCAUAUCAAAUCCCCUCCCCAAUGUAUAAAAACUACUGA